AGGCUAAACAAAAACUAACAUGGCCGACGAGUUGUGAGAAAUUUUAAUAUUGCUCAUAUUUUCACAAAAUAAGAAGUUUGUUAGAGAUAACCGUUACCUAAUUAUAAUAGAAACCAUUGAAUAUUGUUAUAUAAAGUGAAACAUGACAACAGCAGCAAGACCAACCUGGGAUACUGCGAGAGGAGGAAGUGGUAAAGGUGAAAAUGAUUUGAGUGCCCUUUCUAAACAAUAUUCUAGUCGGGAUCUUCCAGGUCAUACAAAAUUAAAAUACAGACAAGAGGGACAAUCUGCUUCUCAUGAAUUGAGAGGUCGUGAUUUCCGUCGUGAACUAGAAGAUAGGGAAAGAUCAGCAAGAGAAAAACGUGAUGGUAGAAAUAGAGGUUCAGAUUCAAGUAGUAGUAGUAGUAGUAAAAGACCCAGAGUUGAACCAAUAUCAGCAGCUAAUUUAGAUGCUGAUGAUCCUAUUGAUGAUGAUGAUGAUGAUGAAAGUUCAGAUGAUGAAGAUGAUACAGCUGAAUUACUGGCAGAAUUACAAAAAAUAAAAAAGGAAAGAACAGCAGAAAGAGCUAAACAGGAAGCAGAAAGAAAGGUGGAAGAAGAAAGAAUUCGAACCGAAAAUAUUUUAAAAGGCAAUCCUUUACUUAAUCAGAGUGAGAAAACGGAUUUUAAAGUAAAGAGAAGAUGGGACGAUGAUGUUGUGUUUAAAAAUUGUGCAAAAGGAGAAGAGGAUAAAAAGACAAAAGGAUUUAUUAAUGACACUUUACGUUCACAGUUUCAUCGUAAAUUCAUGGAGAAAUAUGUCAAGUGAUGCUAUUUAUUAUCGAAUGGUACAAAAUUGGUGGAAGAAUGUGGACAAUAUUCUAAAUAUGUGUUUGAAAUUUUAAUGUCAUACAAUCCUGUUGUGAGACCUUAUAAUUCUAGAGCAAUGACAAUUUAGAUAGCUCUUAGCUUAAAUAUGAAAUCUGUGAAUAUACAAUGUGGCAUGACAUUUAGCCAUUUAAUUCAUAAUGAAAUGAAAUGGGAUUUAACGUCCUACUGCAAUUCAUAAUGUGUUUUUAAGUUAAAAAGAUAGUUACUUAUUGUGUGUAUUUAUUUAUACUUUGUAUUAGAGCUAUCAAAUUACAACACAAAAUGUCCAUUACUUUGUUUAAAGUAAUAAGUGUGAGUAAUACACCUGACAGUCUUUUUUUCUAUAGUUCAUACAUGUAUGAUAGAAAAUAAUAAAAACAUAAUAUUUUGUUCACUGAUUUAUAAAGUAAUGGAUAUCCAUAAUCAUUGACCAAACUGGAGUGUUUUUGUAUGAAAUUACCCAUCUCAUUUCUCAUGUUUAUUUCUUGUUGGCCAUGCAUUCCAAAUGGUAAAAAAAUGCUUAUAUUGUACUGCACAUUCUUUGUGACAUCCAAUAAUGUUGUCAACAAUCUAUUCAUAACUCAUAUUUUACAAACACAAGGAGGAGGAAUCAUCCAUUUAAAUUGAAUAUUUCUUGUUGACCCUAUGCAAUAAACAAUGAAUGUAGGUUAGCAGUGUAAUUGAUAAAAUACAACAUUUGGUAUAAUACUCAUAAGAAUGAAAAGAUGGGCUGCAAACUUUUACGCUCUGCAUUUUCAAAAUUGAGGUGAUAAGUAGUGUACAAUUAGUGUUUUGGUAACCUCAUUGAAUAUAUAGGGAAUCUCCUACGAGUCUUUUUUUAUACCACAAAAUAUCCACAGAAGUUGAUAAAGUAAAAAAAUGAGAUUUUGUUGAGUUUUUAUUUACUUGAUUAGUGUUGAUUUCUUUUGAUAUCAAAAAAGACUUGUAGGAGAUAUUGUACAUGUAUAUCACCCAAACCCUUUCUUAUGUGCAUAAAUAAAUAAAUACAAUUCUU